AUGGUAGCUUUGCCUCUAUGUCAAAAUAGCUGGCUUUCAAUUGCAUCAGCACGUCUUUGUCCUGUUCAGACUUUGGAUACGACUAUUAAUGGACAAUCUCUUCUAACCUCUCCUAAUGCUGCUCAAUUACAAACUCCAACAUCGUUUGACGCUACUGCAGAAUUACAAAAUUAUUUAUCUAGUUCGCCUUCGGUAAAUGGACUUUCUCAACCACCAAUGCCUAGGUAUACAUAUAGCAAGCCUAAUUAA